CCUGGCCUGCCGCGCAUGCGCGGCGCGCGCUGUACGGCAGGCGGGACGCAGAGGGUGAAGAAGAUGGCGGCGCCCGGCGGCGGCCUGGAGGCCGCGGAGGAGGCCGAGGGCUUGGUUUUGGGGCGGCUGGAGGAGGAGGCGCUGAAGCGGCGGGAGCGGCUGAAGGCCCUGAGGCAGAGAACGCUCCAGAACCAGGAGAGCGGAGAACCCGAAUCCAAAAUUCCCAGAGAAGAUGAGGAGGAGCAGCCUGUCAAGCACAAGGAGAUUAAGCUGCGGAAUUACGAUCCCGAGGAUGAGGAGCUGAAGAAGAGGAAGCUGCCCCCGGGCAAACCGGCCUCAGUGGAGGACACGGUGAAGGAGCAGCUGGAAGCUGCCAAGCCGGAGCCCAUCAUCGAUGAGGUGGAUCUGGCAAACUUGGCUCCCAGGAAACCUGACUGGGAUUUGAAGCGGGAUGUGUCCAAGAAGCUGGAAAAGCUGGAGAAGAGGACCCAGAGAGCCAUCGCGGAGCUGAUCCGAGAGCGCUUGAAAGGGCAGGAGGAGGAGCUGGCGUCGGCUGUGGGAUCAGCGAAGCAGGAGGGAAGCGACUCCGACUGAGGAGAAUCCGUCGGGAAUGGGCUCCGGAUCCGCCUCACGCCGACCCCGUGUCCCCAGGUAGAACUCCCUGUUUGGGACUGCUCAGCCCUUUUCCCGAAUUUCCUGAAUUCCGCCAUGCCUGGAGGAGAAUUCCGCCGUGCCUGGCUGCUGAGGAGCUUCCAUCGAAAACUUUCUGGGAUCACAGGGGGUUGAUGGGAGCAGGACAGACACCCCCCCCCCCCCCCCCCCCCCAUUGCCUGGAACUUCACAGCCAGGACUCGGAGCAAGGAAAAAUGGGAAAACUCCAGGCUGGGGCUGGAAAGGCCAAUCCAGACUUGCUGGGAAAGGAGGGAGAUGCCAACAGCCCUUGGAAAAGCAGGACCAUUUCCCAGGGAUUGGUGCUCCUGUUCCUGUGCAGAGACUCCUGUUUGGGAAUAUCCGUGGCCAGCCCUGGAAUUCCUGUGGGAAGGGGCUGUGGGGCUCGGGAAUUGUUGGCUGCUCUCUGCAUCCAGCUGAGUUAAAGGUGGGAUUUGCUUUGCUUCUGGAAUUUCCCGACCCUCCAGCAGCUCCUCCUCUGGGGAGGGUUUAUUGUUAAUGGAUCUUUUCCUAAUAAAACAAUUCCAUGUGGAAAAAG